CUGGAAAUACCAGGACCACUUAUGCAGUUGCCUCCCUCUAUCAACUGCUGCAGUAGAGAGAGGAUUUUCAAAUUUAAAAAGAUGGAAGAUUGUAGCAAGGUAUAAUGGCCCAAAAACAAAAUGUGUCAUCCAGCCAAUCAUCAGGCAAGAUGGCACGAUAGCUGUGACCGACAAAGAAAUCACAGAAGCUUUUAUGGUCAAAUAUGGAAAUGAAAUUAUGUCUGUCCAAUCUCAUUCAAUAUGGUACAACUAUGUUGAAAACACAGUUGAGAGAAUUUUGACAACACAAAGAGCUAUUAUUACUGAAACGAACUAUAGCAAAACUUGUGAAAUAAAAAACAUUGAUCUGAAUUUAUAUGAGAUUGAGAAUGCCAUAAAAU